UAUUUAUUAUAUAUCUUUGAAAGUAAGUCUUCGAUUUGAAAGUUUAGUAAACAGUGAACAAUUGUGGAUAAAUCAUAAUAUUAAUAAAAAUGACAAACAUGUUCAGUAACAGCUUCGAAGAAAGAUGGUCCGGGUGUACAGGGAGGAAUGGAACCCGGUGAUGAUAUAAUUGACGUGUUAUAUCGGUAUCAGGAUCCAGAGUAUUCAAGUAGAAUACGACCUCAGCCUAAUUUUAAUAAUUUCAAAACUUAUGGGGAGCUAACAGAUGUUCAGAAUAAAGUUCAAAAUGGAGUAACGCAACCACAACUUAUUAGAUCAUGUGGUAGAGAAUCAAGAAAACCCAACUCUGAAUCUAGCUCUCCAUUUUACUCUGGUUUUAGUGCUCCUUCCUCUGCGCCCACCCAUAGUAACUGGACAAGAAAAGGAGGCCUGCACCAAAAUGUGAAUUCAAAUUUUACGAAUUCGAAUGUCAACAGGUUGGAUUUGUAUAGUGGUACUGGCAGGGUAGGGUACAAUAAUACUCCACAACCUGACAGAAAAUCAAGUUUUUCCCGAGGACUCAGUCAACCAGACUUUUACGCCAAUAGAGAAUCGCCACUACCUCGAAGCGCUUCAGCAUUUGAAAACCGACCUUACUACAAAUCCAAACCAGAUUCACCUUUUGAAUCUCGACUGCAGAAACCAAAGAUAGGUUCCCCGUUUGACCGAUCGAGACCAAUUGAAGAACAAUCAGACAGUUCUAAAAGAGCUGAGAUAGACCUGUAUUCCCUCCAACAUGAGAGUUUAUAUAUUGAAGAAGAACCUAUUUAUGUUCCACGAAGUGUUAUGGCAGAUAUAAUUUAUAAGAAUGAAGACGAUCUCAUAAGAAGACGACAUAGACCAGAAGAUUUGAUUGAGCUCUCCAGUGGGGCUCGACAAAGAAAAUCAAGAGGUUUUAGUGAGAGUCUUGAAUCUAAGGAAGAGAAGGGUUUAGAAGAAUCUAGAAGCGGUGAACUAAGCGGAAUGGAGGGACCAAGAGAGAGGAAAGGAAGGAAGGAGGAGAAGUUAAUAAAAAACGACGAAAACAGAAAAGUUGAGAAAAAUGCGCAAAAGCAGAUUGGAUUUAUUGGUUUGGUAGCUCCGUUCAACAAGAUCCUGGGAACCCUCAUCAUGCUUCUCCUAGGAUACAAGUACAGUUACUUUCUUCAUCAACUACAUGAGAAUGAUCUUUGGUUCUCUGAAAUAAUGGAGUUAGAGAGAGAAAUCUCAUUUCGUACCGAGCAGGGCCUUUAUUAUUCUUACUUUAAACAGUUGGUAUCAGCGCCCUCUAUUGGUGAAGGAUUAAGAGAUCUUCAAUUUGAUAAUAAGACCGAGUCCUUGAACACUGUCAACAUCAUUCAAAGGUUUAACAUUCAUCAGGAGAUAUUUCUCUCUAUUCUCUACCGUUUUCAGUCCUUGGGUUUCCGUCCUAUUAUUUUCUACACAUACUUUGUAUUCGCUUUACAGGGAUUGUAUUUGAGUGCCUUAUACCUUAUAUCUUGGUCUCUUUCUGGGUCUUGGCUCAGUGGAGUUCUAACUGUUGUCUAUGUAUUUAUGAACAGGUUUGAUGUUACUAGAGUUACAUUUACAGUUCCUCUAAGGGAACAUUUCUCCCUUCCCUUCAUUUUCUGUCAAUUCUACGCUACUGGAGAAUUUCUCAGGGAAGGAAGGGAAAGCCAGUUGUUCAGAAUAUAUUUGACUGGAGUGGUUUAUACUUUAACCUGGCAGUUUGCUCAGUUCGUUUCAUUACUUCAAGCCCUCAUGCUCUUCAUACUCGCUACACUGGGGCUCAUAAAUAGAGAUAAGGUUAGUAUCAUUACUUCAAGCCCUCAUUCUCUUUAUACUAACUACACUUGGGCUCAGAGAUAG